UACGCGCGUCAUUGUUGCAGAUGUUGAUAAUGACUGACGUCGCUUCUGACCAAUCACAACCGCAGCUCUCUGCCUCGGAGCGACGCUCGACCAAUGACUGACGCGCGAGUGCUGUACCGACGUUAGGUCGAUCCGCACAGCGCUAUAUAUACACACACACACAGAGGAAUACAUAAUCGACAAAUGUGCUGCAGAACUCAGAAGCCAUUUUGUGAUGAUGUUGAGAGAAACGAACAUGAAGAUGCUGAAGCCAACGAGCACCGUUACACUUGUGUCUGUUCCUCCCUGCGUCUCCUCUGUUGCACCAUGGCAGCUGUCAACCGACUGGACAUUAGCAAAGCGGGGCUACCGAGCAGUUGCUCACUGAGUUAAAACGCCAUUGACAUGAAAGAGGACAGUGUCUGUUCACUUGUCUCUGUCGAGACAUGUAACACCGUGAGUUUUUUCCAGUCUGAAAUCUUCACAGCAUCUCUCACAGGCCAACGUCUCCUUGAGUGACUUGAGUUAAUUCACUCUGGUACCGGGGAGAGAAAAGGGAGGCAGAUCCGUUUCUCCAAUGGCUUCUGUGAGCCUUGUUUCCAGUCCCCCAGCCCCUGUUCUUGACAAAAACAUGACAGACUCUGAGCUUGCAGGGGAUGAAAGAGAGGACGGUGAAUUAGAGGAUGGAGAAAUAGACGACGAAGGGAUUGGAAUCGAUGAGGAAACUAAAGAGGCCCUGGAGGUGAGUGAAGAAAAGGACAAGGAGAAAGAAAAAGAGAAAGCCAAAGAGAAAGAAGAGAAGACUCACAGGCACUCCAGGAAAAGGCACAAAAAGACCAGAGAGAAGAGGAAGUCUAAAAGGAGGAGACGUGACAGGCAGAAACACCACUCCCCGACCAGCAGCUCCAGUUCUGACAGUUACGACUCUGACUACGACCGACAAGAAAGGCCUAAAAACAGGAAGAGCCAGGGAUCCAGAAGCGAGGCUGAUGGCCAGCAUGGACGGGAGUCAAAGGGAGGCCACGGCAACGCUCAGAGGUCGCCGCCGCACAAGAGCAGUGAUUUUGACAAAUACAGUGACUACAGUGACGACUACGACGAAGAGGAGGACGAUUAUGAUGAUGACAUGUCCGAGUAUCAGCAGUCAAAAGAUUCAACAUCCCCAGGUCAGGGAAGGGGUCGAUAUGUUAAAGACCAGAUGAAGAGAGGAAGCAUGAGGGGGAUGAAACACCAACAGUUUGGGCAGAGGGGACGAGGCAGAGGGAGUGGACCAGGUAGAGGACGCGGGAUGCUCCUCAAGAACAAGAAGAUGAAGGGCAAACCUUGGGGCGGACGGGGACGAGGUCGUGGAGGAGAUCAGGGAAUGGAGGACAUGGGGAAAAAAAAGAUACAACUAAAAACUAAAGGCUCUCUUGUUCAUUUCAUGCUCCAGGAUGGAAAAAUGUCCACUGGCUUUCAGAAGAAACGACCAAUUAUGAGCAAGGAGUUUAUCAGUCAGCACACAAUUGAACACAAUGGCAAAUUCAUCUGCAAGUACUUCCUGGAGGGUCGAUGCAUCAAGGGGGAACAGUGCAAGUUUGAACACGAGCUUGUCGCGCUCGAAAAGAAAAGGGAACUUUGUAAAUUUUACCUCCAAGGAUACUGCAGUAAAGGAGACAACUGCAUUUACAUGCACAAUGAAUACCCGUGCAAGUUCUUUCACACAGGAGCCAAAUGCUAUCAAGGGGACAACUGCAAAUUCUCCCAUGAAUCUCUGACUGACGUGACCAAGGAGUUGCUUGAUAAAAUAAUUAACACAGAGGAGGAGAAUGCCCGUGAGGACGAGCUAGAGCUGGAGGAUCUGAGGAAGCAGGGUAUCGCCCCGCUUCCAAAGCCUCCUCCUGGUGUGGGGUUGCUGCCCACUCCUGGUCAGAGCAGUCCCACAGAUGGAGCUUCUGGCCAAGCAGGGAAGAAGAUCCCCUCCCUGUUUGAAAUCAAGGUUCAACCGACUGUAGACUUGGCACAAAAAAUCUGUCUCAGUGGAUCCAACUUCUCCCAGAAUCAAAGUGAAGGCACUGGUCAGUUUAGUGGCGGCUCAGAGGACACACAGAGUGGAGAUAUGGUGCCUUCAGGUCCUUCUGCUCCCUCACUUCCUCCAUCUGGUUCACCUGGUGCUAUGGGUCACCCAGCAGGACCGUCUAUGCCACAGAGCCCGACAGGCCAGCACCCACCUCAUGGAUUUCCAAUGCCGCCACCAGUCCCCCCUGGUCAACCACCACCUUUUCAUGGAAACCAGUCUAAUAUGAACCCUCAGGGGAAUAUGCAGAGGCCUCCGUUUCCUGCUGUUCCAGAUCUACAGAUGCUUCAAAGUAUUUUCCCUUUUCCAUCACUGGGUCAAAACCCUGUUGAGCCAAUUGGCAGCUUCCUUCAAAACCAGGCCAUGGGUCAACCAGGAGUAGACCCAGCUCUGGCCUUCGUACAGAACCUGCAGCAGCAGAUGGGUGCAGAGUCACAGUUGCAGUCUUUACCUCCAGCAGUGCAGAAAGCCAUCUUUAUACACCUCACACAGACCCAGGGGAAUGAGCCACAGAGAGCUGAGGCUCAGGAUGAUACUAAUGCAUACAGAGAUGAAACUACAAACUGGUACUCCAGCGAUGAGGAGGAUGGGAGCUGUGUUGCCUCCAUCCUCAAAACGCUGAAAAAGCAGAGUGAGAUGCAGCAGCCUCAGUCCAAGCCCUCCCAGGUUGCCCCAGCGGGCCCAGUAGGAGUAGACCCUCGGACUGUAAAGGAGAGGGCACCACCCACUGACCCACGUGUGAAGAUGGACCCUCGACAAAGACUUCCUGAUGUGAAAAAAGAUCCAGAUGGGGGUGCAGAUCCACGUCUCUCCAGAGACCCCAGAAAGACGAGACCAAUUGAUAAAAGUCCGUAUCAUCAGCAGAGCCUCACUGUUCCUCAGAAAACUCAUGCAGGGGAAGAGGAUGAUGAAGGAGAGCGGGAGCUCCGGGACAGAGCAGUUCUGAUCCCUCUGGAAGCCAGUCCUGGUGUGGUGCUACGAGACCCUCGGUGCCAGUUAAAGCAGUUUAGCCACAUCCGGGUGGACAUUCUGCUCCAGCGGCCUGCCUUUGCUCAGACUGUGGUGUGGGCCCCUGAGGACCUAAUCCCUUCCCUGGUGCCCAAGCAGGAACACUCCAUCAACCUCCCUCUGCCACCUCUUAUAGCCGAUGCUCAAAUGAACCGUACAAACCUGCCUGACCAUCCCCCAGUUUCCAGUCCUCCGCCCACUGACCCCAGAUUGAUAGCUGCACGUUUGAAGAAUCGUUUGUCCUCAGUAUCUCUAGAGGCUCGGUCCUCCGCAGAGAGGCCCGUUGACCCACGCCAGCAAAAAACUCUGGAUCCCAGACUCAAGCGUACUGGAAGUUUGGACUCCAAGCUGUUGGUUCAGAAGGAACCCUCUUCUGGCGGAGGAGCUGUGGAUCCUCGACUACAGAAGGCAAGCUCCAGCUCCUCUCCUCAUGCUGCUAGAGCCAAGCCAGAGCCUGAGAGGUUGCCGCCUUAUGCCCCUCGUUUGGCAUCUACAGGUGGAGGUUUAGAGAGUCCAACUACAAUCCUUGGGGGAAUCAGUCUAUAUGAUCCUCGUACCCAAGCGGAGCAGAAGGAACAAGUAGAGUCUCCCAAUAAGGUGGGGAUUCUGAAACAUCCCACUAAGAGAGAGAGUGCUGUGCCACAAUCACUCUCACCAACCAAACGAAGUGACUCUUUCGAGGAGGUCAGGAACACAGACUUAUCAGAGCAGUCUCUGCCCUCCAGCUCUCCCACAGUUCCUCCUGUCUCACCUGUCAAACCGCCUGCAGUUCAUAAUCUACCCAUUCAGGCUCUGGCAGGGCUGAUGCGACCCCAGUACACUGACCCCAGACAGGCCAAACUUGCAGGACAGGGCUCUACAGGAACACAGGAGGAGGCCGAGCUAAAGAAGGACCAGGAGCAGAAGGAGCAACAGGAGGAAAAGGGGGAGAAAGGGCAGGAGGAGGCGGCUCCAAAGGAGGAGCAGAAACAAGGGGAUCCAGAGGAAGAAGCAGAUGACAGGACACUCAAAGACGUUUUCAAGACUUUUGAUCCCACUGCUUCCCCUUUCUGUCAGUAAACACUCCUAUAUGGGAAUGUGGAAAAAAAAAAAAUUGUAUAUUGAUAAAACAAUUUGGUUCAUCUUAUUUAGCUUUACAUGAAUCUAUUUAUUUCUACAUAUAUAUAUAUAAAUCAUCCUGUAUAAAAUGUGCACGGCACAUUCUUUUCAUUGUGGACACGAUGUCGGAGUUGUGUACAGAAACCGCCUUUUAACGUGAUCAUAUUAAUGCCGAGCGCUAUGGAGGUGUUUAUGUUAAGGUCUUUUUAUCGUUAUGGAAUUUUCUUGUACGUAUUUGAACAAUUUGGAAAAAAAGGAAUUAAGAAAACAUGACAUGUUGUCCAUGGUUCACACCAGGCAUUACAGUCCCAGUUCAUUCUUUCUCUCUCUACUUGCAGAGAGUCAUCGAUCAAAGGUUUCCCUUGUUAUUAGCUGUUUUUGUAAUUUCAUAUUUAUUUCAACACACUUUUAUAUUAUGAUGGAGUUACAUUUGUGCUCACUUGUAUGAGGGAUUUUUGUGUUUCUCCAGUAUUUCCAGUUUUCACCACACACCCUCAUAUGAGCGUGGGAUCAGCUCAGAAAAUCCUAACUUCCUGUAGGUUCUUGUCGCAUGUAGCAGUAAUCGAUUGCUGCUGCCUUUUUUUUUUUCAGCCGAUUUCAACGACAUGGUUAAGCUAGUUUGCUGAGUUCUUUGUGCAGUAUGUUUUUAAUUGACCGUUUCCUGCAUUGCUGAAAGGAAAUUUUAGAUUUUUGUAACACUGCAACCAUUUAAUUUUUAAUCUUUGGACAUUGUUGGAUAAUUAUCAUUUUAAAAUGGCCAAAAAGCUUUGAGGACGUUACUGUCGUGGCCUUUUUUUAACCCUAUCACCAAUGAGUAAUAAUAACAAAUACAUUUAUAUUGAUUUAUCAUUGUCAUUCCCCAAAACGCUCACUGUUUAAAAGGUCCAGUGUGUAAAAUUUGGGGGCCUUUAUUACGAUGAUUACACUUUUGUGGUGGACAAUCACAUGAUCAGCUAGGUCAGCUUCAUGGAAGUUGUCAUAUUGGACCACCGUUGUAUUUUGUGUUUAUAUUUUUGAACUUUAUUGGACUUGAAAGGAAGAACACUAUAAAACAUUACCGGGCGCACACUAUAUCGCUUGGAAAGGUUGUUUUGCUUGACAAUUCUGCGUCUGAGAUGAGAUGGCUGUUUUACUGAAACUAUUUACUUUUCUAUUGUUUUCAUACUUCACCUUGUAAAUCCCUCUUUUGUAUGGAAUACACUUUGCAUUCGUGAGUUUGUGAGUUUUGUAAUGGCUAUUUCUUUAAGCACAGUGGUUAUGAUAAUACUGUUUUACAUUUUAACAUAAAAUGGUUACAUUUCAUUGAUUUUACUACGAAUAGUUGAAAUAAA